AUCUUCUUCUCCAUUAUCGUGAGAAGUCAAUUCGGGCCCUCUCUUUUUCUCUUCCCUAGGCAACUUUUUCGCCUUCUUCUUCUUCAAGUCAUUCCUUAACGCGUCACCUUUUUAUAUUGCGUUCCCUUCCUUCUCUUCGACUUUUGACUAAACGUGACGUGAGGGCUGACGCGCUCCACUUUUCCUCAUAGCGUGUAAGUUAGCUACAAGCCCCUGAGCUCGCUCCCUUACAGCUCCAAAGUACCGUACCUAGUGCGAUACGUACCGCCCAUCGAUUGGAUCCAAUCCAAUCCCAUAGGGUCCCUUCAGUUGGAGCUAUCUGUCCUUCUUCUGCGGUGAACCUGCCUGCUCCCGAGGGAUCAAAUAUUCCCAGCUCGCAAACAUCUGGAACCCAAAACUUUUCAGCCUCAAGGCUUGGACUGACAAACCUUUUCCAUCGCCGAGCAGCUCCUUCAUCGAAUCCCCCACGUCCACACACCCCAUCAUGGCGUCGACGACUGCCACCCCGCAGGGCAGCGUUCGCCAGCGCAACAAUGCGAAGCGGCCUACCACGCCCGCCGCCGGUGCAGCUGACGCCGUCGUCGAGUCGUUGAACAAGGCCGGUGCAAAGACCAAGCGCUCCGUCUCCCAGCCCGAGUACGGCGUCGGACUUCUCAUCACCACCAUUCUCGCCUUCGUCACCCGUUUCUGGGGCAUUAGCCAUCCCAAUGAGGUCGUCUUUGACGAAGUUCACUUUGGCAAGUUUGCCUCUUACUACCUCGAAAGAACCUACUUCUUCGAUGUCCACCCUCCGUUCGGAAAGCUCCUCUUUGCCUUUAUGGGAUGGCUCGUUGGCUAUGACGGACACUUCCACUUCGAGAAUAUUGGCGACUCUUACAUCUCCAACAAGGUGCCCUAUGUCGCCUUCCGAGCUCUGCCCGCCAUUCUCGGCGCAUUGACCGUCUCCGUCACCUACCUCAUCAUGUGGGAGUCUGGCUACAGCUUGCCCGCCUGUCUUUUGGCCGCCGGUCUCGUUUUGCUCGACAACGCUCACAUUGGUCAGACGCGUCUGAUUCUUCUCGAUGCCACCCUCGUCUUUGCCAUGGCUUGCAGCUUGUUGUGCUACAUCAAGUUCUACAAGCUGCGCCACGAGCCCUUCUCGCGCAAGUGGUGGAAGUGGCUGAUCCUCACUGGAUUCGCCCUGUCUGCCGAUAUCUCGACAAAGUACGUUGGACUCUUCGCCUUCGUCACCAUUGGCUCCGCUGUGAUUAUCGAUCUCUGGGGCCUGUUGGACAUCAAGAGACCCGGCGGUGCCCUGAGUCUUCCCGACUUUGGCAAGCACUUUGCUGCUCGCGCCUUUGGCCUGAUCAUCAUGCCCUUCCUCUUCUACCUCUUUUGGUUCCAGGUCCACUUCGCCGUCCUGACCCGAUCCGGUCCUGGCGACGACUUCAUGACCCCUGAGUUUCAGGAGACGCUGAGCGACAAUGUCAUGUUGGCCAACUCCUUGACCGUGGAGUACUACGACACCAUCAGCAUCCGCCACAAGGAGACCAAGACCUACCUGCACAGCCACGAGGACCACUACCCUCUGCGCUACGACGACGGCCGUGUUUCCAGUCAGGGCCAGCAGGUUACUGGCUACCCUUACAACGACACCAACAACUACUGGCAGAUCAUCCCCUUGGUUGACGACCAGAAGACAGGGAAGGCCGUCAAGAACAACGAUGUUGUGCGCCUCAGGCACUUGGGUACCGAUACCAUGCUGCUGUCCCACGACGUCGCCUCGCCCUACUACCCUACGAACCAGGAGUUCACCACGGUGCCUUUGGCUGAUGCGUACGGCGACCGUCUCAACGACACCCUCUUUGAGAUCCGCGUCGAGAACGGCAAGCCUGGUCAGGAGUUCAAGAGUAUCUCGAGUCACUUCAAGUUCAUCCACAACCCCAGCAAGGUUGCCAUGUGGACGCACACCACUCCUCUGCCCGAAUGGGGCCACAAGCAGCAGGAAAUCAACGGCAACAAGCAGUUGGCGCCGAGCUCCAACAUCUGGUUUGUUGAGGACCUUCCCGCGAUCCCCCUCGACUCUAAGAGACGCGAGAAGCCGGAGAAGGAGGUUAAGACCCUGCCCUUCUUCCGCAAGUGGUUCGAGCUUCAGCGCUCCAUGUUCUGGCACAACAACCAGUUGACCAGCAGCCACCCCUACGCCAGCCACCCCUACCAGUGGCCCUUCCUGCUCCGCGGUGUCAGCUUCUGGACUCAGAACGACACCCGCCAGCAGAUCUACUUCCUCGGUAACCCCAUCGGCUGGUGGCUCGCCAGCAGUCUUUUGGCAGUCUUUGCCGGUAUCAUCGGCGCGGACCAGGUGUCACUUAGACGAGGCAUUGACGCUCUUGACCACCGUACCCGCUCGCGUCUGUACAACUCAACCGGCUUCUUCUUCCUUGCCUGGGCUACUCACUACUUCCCCUUCUACCUGAUGGGCCGUCAACUCUUCCUUCAUCACUACCUGCCGGCGCAUUUGGCUUCGUGCUUGGUUGCUGGUGCUCUCCUGGAGUUCAUCUUCACCGCCGAGCCCGCUCCCGAGGAGGGCUACGAAGUCGUCAAGGGCAACAAGAAGGCCGAUGGACCUAAGAGACACAUUUCGGCCCGCGAGCGAUUCGCUGGUCAGAGUCUCGCUGGCGCCUGGAUCGCUUGCGGCGUUAUCCUUCUCAUUGCCCUGGCCGGCUGGUACUUCUUCCUGCCCUUGACGUACGGAUACCCUGGCCUCACCGUCGAGGAGGUUGUCCGUCGCAAGUGGCUCGGAUACGACCUGCACUUUGCCAAAUAGAUGGCAAGCCGUUCACAUCAAGACUCCGCGCGAGAUUGAUGAUACAGAUACCUUUUAGAAGAUGUUGCCCCAGAUGCCAGACGGGCUCUCACCUCCAACGACCUAGAGUGAACAGGUCAAGGGAACACAGUGACCACAGAGUCCAGCAGAGGAUUAAAAUGGGGAUGAUUGGGGACGCCGAGUGUAUUAGUAGUUUUCUUGAGUCCAAUGAUAUACUCCAGAGGGCCUUUCUUUAUGUGAAGCUGUGAUGUUUCUGAGGUGC